GCUUUGUACCGCGAUGUCGCCCAGUACUAUUGUUCUCUUCGAUCUUGAUGGGACACUAACGAAAGCCCGAAGCGAAAUCCGACCUGAGAUGUUAGAACAACUUUUACGAUUAAAAUCUCGUGUCCCGAUUGCAAUUGUUAGCGGUUCCGAUUAUGACAAAAUUGCUGCUCAGUUUGGCUGCUACUCUGUUUUGGAAAAGAUUGAUUUCGUCUUCUCCGAAAACGGUUUGGUUGUCCAUAAAUUUGGGGAAGAGGCACAUCGCUCUAAUAUUGUUGAAUGCCUAGGAGAAGAUUUAAUUCAGAGAUUUAUCAACUACUGUUUUGAAUAUAUGUCAAAACUGCAGUUACCGCGAAAACGUGGCACCUUUAUUGAAUUCCGCAAUGGAUUGAUCAAUGUUUCCCCUGUUGGCAGAAGCUGUUCUGAAGCUGAACGCAGGGAAUUUUAUAAUUUCGACCAGAAAUUCCGUAUUCGAGAGAAAUUCAUCGAAGCUUUGCAAGCUGAGUUUGGCACUUCUGAUCUCCAAUUCUUCAUCGGUGGGGAAAUAAGCUUUGACGUGUUCCCCCGUGGAUGGGACAAGCGAUACUGCCUGCAAUUUCUCAAGGACUUUGAAACGAUUUACUUUUUCGGUGACAAAACGGAACCGGGUGGCAACGAUCAUGAAAUUUUUCACGACCCCCGAACGAUCGGAUACAAAGUCACCUCACCCGAGGACACUGCAAUGCAGCUACAACGGUUGUUCCCGUAG